AGAUGUCAUGCGGCAGCUUGAAUUUGUUCCUAAAAAAGAGUUCAUUUUGAAGAAUCAAUGAGAUAAAAUUGACUGAUUUGAGCAUUGGUUUGCUGUAGUAAACAUCACCGUUAUUGAUGUGCUAAAAUUGUGGUUCAUUUUUUUCAUCUCUUCGUUGGCGAUUUUUUUUUAAAUUCACAUUUUAUUUGCAUCUUGUCUCAUCGGCUAUUAUUUUGUUUAACAAAAUUGCACAGCAAAUGUCUUCACAGGUCUAUCUACCCAUCUAUAUACAUAUGAUUUAUAGAUAUUAGCUCUUCUAAAAGAAGCCACUCACUCGAUCCCAAUCAAUUUUUUUUUUAAAUGAUGAUACUCAUGCUACAUAAAUUCGUGUAAAUUGUGAUAGUGGUGACCUUGUGCGUGUGUGGUGUUUAGCAAAUGAAAAGAGCGUGCACAUUAAAUUCAAACAACUGUCUUUCUAUCAUUGUUAUCAUUGUUGUCAAAUUCAAAGUUUCACUUAAUCAAAAAAUAUAAUACAGCAGAGCAUUUGAUGCGCGAAUGUAAGUCACAACAGAUAUUUCUAUAACAUUUGGUGUAAAUGUAAUUGUGAUUGUGUGUUGCGCUGUUUAUUAUCGAAAAUCAAAAACAUCGGCUGAAAAAUCGUACAAAAAUAGAUAUCAGUCGGGUCAAAAACAAAUAUCAUGAAUUCUGUGAAAUAACAUUUUGCGAUGCUAAUGGGAUAAAUUUAACGAGACAAAAAAAAUUGUAAUCGAAUUUUGUUUUCCAUAGUGCCGAAAUAAAGUGUCGCAUAGAAGUGAUAAGAGAACAUUGAACGAAGCAAAAAAGAAUUUUAUUUCUUUUUUUUGAAACGGCGACCAUAGAAGUAUGCAUAAUUCAUAGUGGCGGUUCGGCGCGCAGUAUCGAUUGUAUUUGAUUUGUGGUGUAUACGUUAUCUAGUUGAUUCGAUUGGGCAAAUGUUUCCAUUACAACACUUUAUUCGGUUCAAAAUGUUUGAUCAAUACUUCGCCAAAACCAUUAAAAAUCGUUCUUGCCAAAUUUUAAGGUUAUGGACAGAUCAAUGCGAAUACAUAAUCGCACAAAGAUUUCGCCAGGGACAACAAAUGAUCUGUUUGUAUCGUCGCAUUUGGGAUGAAAAUGUAUUGCGUGGGAUCAUACAGCAGAUUCGAAAACAGCUUGAACGCAAUGCCAAAGGACUUAUGCUCAGUGGCAUUGGAUUGGCAUCGGCCUUUGACUGGGAUUCGGAACGAAUAAACUAUGAAUCGGUGCGCAAAAAUUUCGAUGAACUGGAAUUAGUGGAACGAUUACGUCUCGAGACAAUACAUUGUGAUAUCUGCGGCCAUCGUUUGAUCAUUGACUGUAAAAUGGAUAACAUUGUGUAUUGUGUGUGCAAUGUAAAUAACACUUGUGCAUCAAGAGAAGCUAAAUUGGCCACACAAUCGCAUGUUAAACCGCCCGAAACGUACGAAAAACAUUGGCAACCUUACAUGGAACGGCAAAAUAUGAUUAUAUGGAGGCGUGAAGAGCAACCGGGCCUCUUUGCCUAUAAAGUGUAUGCAAGCUAUGAUGAUAUUUCCGGUGAGGAUUUUCUUCGUAUUCAAACCGAUACCGAAUAUCGAAAAAUUUGGGACAAAUCUGCCAUCACAUUAGAUGUUAUUGAUACCGAUCCGGUUCAUCGACAUAAAAGCCAUAUUAUUCACUGGGAAAUGCAAUGGCCGAAAUUGUUUUCGAAUCGAGAUUAUGUGUUCAAUCGACGGUUUUUCAUUGAUCGCAAUCGAAAAUUAAUAAUAAUCGUUAAUAAAAGUAUAGUUCAUCCGUUUAGUCCAAAAAUGCCAAAUAUUCAUCGUGUCAAUGAUUAUUGGAGUUGUAUGGUUAUUCGUUCGACAUCGAAUUCACUAAAAACUCCUGGUUUGGAAUAUGUUCUCACUUAUUUCGAAAAUCCUGGUGUUGUUCUACCACAAUCGAUCACAUCUUGGGUUGCUCAAAAACAAUUGCCCGAAUUUUUACAUAAAUUAUACACAGCUACACUCGACUAUGCGCUCGAGAAACGCCAUCAAGAGCAACAACAAAAACAUCAGAAUGAAAAAAUGUAUAAAGGUGUCGACUACUUUCGAGACCCUGGCUACGAGUAUCCACCUGAACCGGAAAUUUGUUUCUCAAAGUAUAGGCGAGAUAAUGGUAACGAUGAUGAUGUCGACGACGAUGAUGAUUUCGACGACAUCAAUGGUGAUAAUAAUAGUAACAAAACUAGCGAUAGAAAUGGUGAAAAAGGUGUAAAAUUUAAUAUAAAUGCAGGAGUGGAAGCGAAAAGUCAAUCGGAGAGUCAGGCAUGCAAUACGGAUGACAAUACCGAUGCCAAAUCAAUAUCAUGGUGGAGAUCACUUCUUUAUUUUGUUUGAAUGAAUUAAAAAUUUUAUUAUUAAGCAUUAAAAAAAUUGUAUUAAAUACAGAUUGUAGAAUUUUUACCGGA